GGAAAGAUAUACCUUCUUGCCACAUUCAUAAUGAGGGUUUGCCUUUCUGGUAAAAGAGUGCUGGAUGGCAAUGUGUUUCUGGCAAAUGUCUGGCCAAUCAGCUUUCUCCGUCUCAUUUACUUCCGAUCUGCCUUGGAGAGAUCUAGUGACAGCAUUAAACCAUGAGGAAAUAAGCUUUACUAGUCUGAGAACCCAAACAUGUUUCAGGAUCUGAUGAGGAUUUCACUCUCCAGUCCCUGUCUCUUCUGGAGAACUUCAGUCUAUUGCAGAAUGUUUUCUUUGCUGUAUGCUUUGCUACUCUGGGUAUCAUGGGCCCAGUUACCUGUUGUCAACACCAAAGAUGCUGCUGAAGAAUCUAAAACCACAGACUCUUUUAAAACUGACAUUUCUGAGACUAACACACAUCGAGUUAGCAGCGGCCUAAUGCAGUGUGGUGAAUACAGCAAUGAAGUGAUGCCAAACGGACAGUGUCGUUUAAUAGCCACAUUACCUCAGCUGGAGGAGCAGAGGUGUCCGGACAUGUUCCGCUGUACAGAUGAGGUCUCCUACUGGCUGCGUGAGAAUGAAGAGCGCAAGCAGCAAAUGCAGGACCUGAAAGAGACCAUCUCAGAGCUUCAAGAGGAGCUGAGGAAUCACAGGCAUCGCAUCAAAAUGCUGGAGCUGCAGCGUGAGGAGAAGUAUGGAAAAAACUCGUCUUUAGAGCAUCGCUUCCACAUGCUGCAGGAGAUCUACGAAGAGGCCAAUACACUGCUGCAUAUCCACGGAUCACUCAUAUACGACAUGCAAACACAGAUUCGCAACCUCACUAUGAUAGUAGAGCGUGUGAGGCGCAAUCCUGGCUGUAUGAUCAACAUCAUCCGCACAACCCCGCUCCUCAGUGCACAAGAUACCCUUCAUCCAGAAGUUCAACAUGUAAGAAACUGUCCAAUUGACUGUGCAUCACUGUACUACAAUGGAGUUCAUAGAUCUGGGAUUUUCACUGUUGUCCCUUCAAUGGGAUCAACUCCCGUAGAGGUUUACUGUGAUAUGGAGACCCAAGGAGGUGGAUGGACCAUGUUUCAGCGUCGGCAGGAUGGAAAGGUCCAUUUCAACCGCAAAUGGACAGAAUACAGGGAUGGAUUCGGAGAUCUACAUGCAGAAUUCUGGCUAGGAAACGACCAUAUCCAUGAUAUCUCCAGCCAGGGAGAGUAUUCGCUUCGCAUUGACCUCGAGGACUGGAAUGGCAAGCACAAACACGCACUGUACCAGAACUUCUGGAUUGAGAACGAGGACAACCUCUACCGUCUCCACGUAUCAGGAUUCAGCGGUACAGUUGAGGACUCGUUUGGCUGGUACCAUGACAAGCAAAGCUUCAGCACUCCAGACACAGGUGACAUCUGUGCUGAGAUAUCUCAUGGAGGCUGGUGGUACCAUCAGUGCUUCUUUGCCAACCUCAAUGGAGUGUAUUAUAAGGGGGGGCGUUACUCUGCCAAAGGGAAGAAUCUUCUGGGGCCUGAUGGGAUUGUGUGGUACUCAUGGAAAGACUCGGAUUACUACUCCUUGAAGAAGGUGAGCAUGAUGAUCCGCCCACGGACCUACAGGCCCCGCCUCUCUCCAUAACACCGCUUUAGGACCUGUGUAAACCAAUACUGCAGUGACAUCAUCAAGGGGGGGACCAUUGUUGAUUCUCUGUGGCUAAGCAAUUAUGUAAACUGUGGUUAAAGGGAAAGUCUCAUCUGGACAUUCAAGAAGAAAUAUUCACAUUAGUCAUUUGGGUUAAAUGUAUUCUUGGUCUUUGACUAUUUAAAGGCACAAUAUGUAAGAUUUUUUUAUUAAAAUAUCCAAAAAACACUAGAACAGUUACAUAUUUUGCUGACUUGUUUACUUACAUUAUCCCAGAUGUUUCCAAGAAUGUUUAAAUCCGGAGAAAUAAGCAAUUUUAACUAGUGUAACAGACCGUGUCCUUGCGGCGCCUGCCAAUAAUGUCAUACACCCUUGAUUUUCCGAUUUUAGUUUGUAGAAAACACAGAAACCCCAAAGACACUUUAAUAUGUUCUGCAUUUUAUUAGACAGGUGGUGAACCCACAGAUUAGCAUUAUAACAAAACUUUCAACACACUCAAAUGUAUCUAGUAUGAUAAAACAUUGCUGUUUUAUCUCACAUACGCGUGCCCAGAAUUAUCAGAAGCGCUCAACUGUGGCAUAAUAAUAGUGCCACUGCUUUACAGCCAUGUAUCGUGCUUGUCCUUCAUUAGCAAUUGCUCCAGCAUCCUUGUUUCGCUUCCAUGACUUUCUGCGUCAUACUACAGUGACCUUAAUAAGUCUUUAUUACAUUAGCUCAUCCAUGGACAUGAUUUCUGCCCGAGUCCAGACGGAUUGCAUCGACUGUGGGGAUGAAGACUACAACUCCCAUGAUUCCAGACUCAAUCACAAAAUCAUCAAACUACGCCUUUGGUUCUUUGUUUGUUUUGUAUAUGCACUCUCUAGUGGGAAAAACUUACAUAUUGUGCCUUUAAGUAUUCAAUGUAAUGGAAGUAAUAUAAGCAAAAUAUAAAACAGUAUGCACUGUCAGACUAUCAUGGAUCAUUUUAAUUGUACAAAAACAUUUGAUUUGGAUAAUCAUUAUUAAAUGAUUAGAAAUAAUUCAGAACAUUAUAUAAUUUUGAUACAUACUUUAUUGUAAUUGAUGUUACUGUUACACUUUGUUGGCUAGAAAUAUUUAAAGGUGUAAAGAUUUAAGUUUUAAAGUCCUGUAAACAGUUGCAACAAAACCCUUAAAGGGAUAGCUCAUCCAAAAACAAUAAUUCUGCCAUCAUUUCUCAUCUUCCACUUUUUCCAAACCUGUAUGAUUUUUAUUCUUCUGAUAAAUGCAAAAAAAAAAUUGACAUCCAUAGCUUCUUUUUUUCCAUACUAUGCAAGUCAAUGGCUACCGUCAAUUGUUUAGUUACUAACAUUCUUCGAAAUAUCUUCUUUUGAAUAGAAGAAAGAAAUUUAUACAGGUAACUGAGUAAAAAAUUGCAGCAUGAGAAGAAACUGAGAAGAAAUGGCACAAAACCUUUUGAAUUCCUUAAGAUUUUUUUUAUUUAUAAAUGAAAUAAAAUAAAUUCUUAAUAAUUACAAAAAAUUCUAAAUAAUAAUAAUAUUUAAAUAAUAAUCUUUAUUAUUAAAAAAUAUAUAUUUUAUUUUUUUGUAUUAAAAAUAAUUUUAUUAUCUUAAAGGGACAGUUUACCCAAAAAUGAAAAUUGUGCCAUUACUCACCCCCAUGUUCUUCUACACUGUAAGACAUUUAUUCAUCUUCAGAGCAAAAAUUAAGAUAUUUUUGAUGCAAUCCGAAAGCUUUUUGACCCUGCAUAGAAAGAAAUGAUACUAAAGUGGCUAUUUUUGUUGUUUUUGCGCACAAGAAG